UUUGGGUGAAGAUUACCACUUUUGAAUCAUAUAAAAGCUAAUGGGGCUGCUUCGAGGAGGUUAGUUCAAGUUGUUUAUCGGUAGAGCUAGAAAGAGGCUCCGGGUGUUUUGAGUUAUAGUUCUAACCGCAGAAUCAUGAUCAAGUUGAUUGCCGCAUCCCUGCUGAUCGCCACAGUGCUGGCCGCUCCGCAACGUCGUCCGAACAACUUCGGUAGAAGCUCCAGCGGAGACGAACGGUCCGCCGUGAUCCAACAGGACGAAUACAACCUCAACCCGGACGGAUCCUACGUGUACAAGUACGAAACGAGCAACGGCAUCAGCGCUUCGCAAACCGGUAGCGCCAAUGGACAGUACGCCAACGGAUACUACAGCUACACGGAUCCGGAGCAGAACCGCGUCGAAGUGACCUAUCUGGCCGAUGAGUUUGGAUUCCAACCACAGGGAGCGCAUCUUCCGGUGGAACCUGCGGCACCGGAUCACGUCCUCAAAUCGUUGGAAGAAAUCCGAGCUGCGGCUGAUUCCAAUCCGGAGCUGGAUAUUGCUUUGCUGGAUUCGACGAUCGCGAGGUUGAGGGCUAACCGAGGUUAGAUGGAGGUUUGACUGUGGCGAGAGUAUUUGUGAUAUGUGUAAGCAAUUAUCUAAUAAAUAGUUGAAAUUUGAAAAGCA